GAUGGCGGAAGGCGAUUGAUUUCCUGUUUUUGUUAGCAGAGCGACGUCGUCAAUUCAGUGUACGUUUAAAAUAUUGUGUUUGAAAUAAAUUGUGCUGUGCGUGUUGUUAUAAACAGUGUGUAUAAUUCAUAAUUUUCGUAAUUUUACUAAUUAAGAAUAGUCGAAAAAAAGUACUCGUGGUUGAAGAGGACGAGACACCCUGAAAACUUGUCCGAAUUUGAAAAAUGUCAUUGAUUAACAAAUUGAAAUUCUUCGUCGAGUGAAUCAGUUGAAAAUUUCAUAUUGCCAUGUCAUUUACUGACGGUAUAUCUUAUAAUACCGAAUGCAGAGGACUUCUAAGUUUACAUCCGAGUCUAGCGUCAACUUUGAUUAAAACCGAGAAGAUCACAGACUACUAUCAUGUCGAACAAACACCAUUUGCCAGAGGGAAAUUCGCAGCGGUACGGAAAUGCACUCAUAAGGUUACUGGCAUAGAGUACGCGGCGAAGUUCAUUCGCAAAAGAAGAAGAUCAAUGGACCAAAGAAAUGAUAUUUGUCACGAAAUCGCUGUAUUAAAAUUAGCUCAAAAUUGCGGCCAUAUUGUAAAUAUACACGAGGUUUAUGAAACGCCAACCGAAAUGGCUCUAGUACUUGAAUUGGUCGCCGGUGGCGAAUUACAACGAGUAAUAGAUAUUAACGACGGUUUAGAAGAAGUUCAAGUCGUACACGUACUGCAACAAAUUCUUAAAGGUCUUCGAUUCCUACAUUCGAAUAACAUAGCUCAUCUCGAUUUAAAGCCUCAAAAUUUGUUAAUAACGUCCUCAUACCCACAUUGUGAUAUCAAACUGUGCGAUUUCGGUAUAUCCAGAGUUAUCGAGAAUGGCGUCGAGUUGAGAGAAAUACUUGGAACGCCUGACUAUGUCGCUCCAGAAGUUCUAAAUUUCGAGCCAAUAUCGCUAGCAACGGAUAUCUGGAGUGUUGGAGUCCUAGCUUACGUGCUGUUAAGCGGAUAUUCGCCAUUUGCUGGAGACACGAAACAAGAAACUUUUUGCAACAUAACACAAUGCGCAUUAUCUUUUCCACAAGAUUUAUUUAGUAACAUUUCCGAUGAUGCUAGAGAUUUCAUAAUGGUCACACUGAUGCCUGAACCAAACCAAAGAAUAAACAUAGAUGAAUGUCUGGAUCAUCCGUGGUUAAAUAACUUUCCUCUGAAAUCGUGUCUAAACGUCAUCCUACCCUCUGAUAACGAAACAGUUUAUAAAAAUAGUAAUAACGGAAUCGAUACGAGAAACAAAACCGAAACGAAAAAAUACCUUUGUCCUGAGAUUUGUAACGAAUCUGAAUUCUGCAACUCGAAAGAAAGCGAACGUAAUGAUAUCAGUUUAACCUCCGUUGAAGUAAUCGUUGACAGAGGUAUUCCUUGUUAAUUUUUUUAUGCUGUGUAUUAUUUUGUUAUUUUUGAAUUUUUGUAAGAUUUAUCAAUUUUUCGAUACAUAUCCUUUUUUAUACCAAAUUUUCUUCUUUCUGUUGCGCUACGCAAAGUAUUAAGUACUGUGUUACAAACAACAAUGUUUAAAAUACACUAAGUUGAAUUUUUUAUGUAUUUUUUUUUCAAUUGUAAAUUUUUGAAAAUAUAUAAGUUGAUUUAAUGAAA